GCCUACGUAGGAAGGAAAAGAAGGAACGUUCAAAAUGAUCACAUGAGGAUGUUGCUAAUCCUGUUCCAUCAACCACCAACGGCUCUAGCCUCGUCCUACUUCCCGUGUUCACCGAUGGAAGCAUGGAGGGGAAAAGAAAUGUUCGAGUUGUUCACAUGCGGAUGUUGCUAUUCCCGUUUCAAUCACGAUUCCGGAUGCCGCAAUAUCCUCAUCAUCCCCAUCUUCAUCCGCGGAAGCAAGCACCCUACGAAGGAAGGAAGGGAAGAAGCAAUGUCCGAGUGAUCACAUGUGGAUAUUACUAUUCCCAUUUCAGU